GUCAGUUUCUUCAAACUAAAAGAAAAGUAAUCGAGGGGAGUUUUGAGGGGAAGAUAGGCCUAGUGGAAGAGCUCGUGGUAUCUCUCGUCGGAUGAUGAAGUCCAUUUUCGUUGCCGUGCUUCUUCUUGUCGCCCUCACAAAACUCGACUCGAGAAAAAUUAUUCCCGAGCGGUUACUAGAGCUCCUGAUGAGUGACAGUAGGCGGAGUCAGUACUCGGAGAUGGUCCGCAAGCGGACUCUUACGGCACCGCUGACCGGACAAUGCGAUGCGCCACAGAUAGACAACGUCAACAUCACUAGUAACGGGGCGACAGUGAUUAGUCCAACCGAAGCGCACUGUGCUCCUCGCCUUCAGCCCGUAGCUCUUCCCAUGCCGUCCCACGCGCAAAUCUACCCCACCCACGUUUACCUGCACCGGUGUGGCGGUAGCGGGGGGUCUAUGCAUAAUCACAAGUGCUUCGUUACGCAUAUGGAGACGGUGACUUUUGAAGUGUUUGACCUUGCCACAGGCCAGUUCCUCAGCAUCAACGAGUAUAACCACACCGGCUGCCGCGAGGACUGUCCAGUGAAGUUAUCCAGUUGUGACCCAAAAAUGCAGGUGUUCAGUCAAAACGAGUGUAGGUGCAAGUGCCGAAGCGAUGCGCAGACCCAGUGCAACUCCCUUCAGUACUUCAGCUCGGCGACGUGCAAGUGCCUAUGUAGCCCCGCCCAGCGGUGUCCGUUAUAUAGGUGGAGAAACCCGAACACGUGCCAGUGCGAGUGUCAGCCUUGUCUACGGCAGAUCUGCCAGGAUGAGGGAAUGCUGAUCGAGGAGACAACAUGCAGUUGCGUCGAGCCUCCGACCCAAGCCCCAACUCAGGCGCCUACCCAGGCACCGACUCAAGCGCCGACACAAGCACCGACCCAAGCCCCGACUCAGUCGCCGGCAGUCGCGGGGGUCUAGGGUCUAUAGAGAAAUAGAAUAUAUAGAGAAGGGUGUUUGAUGAUACUGCCUGUCAUACAAGAAAUCAUAAUAAGAACUGUAACAACUUUACUAGGCUUGAUUUCCAACCCGUUAUAAGCCGGCAGCUCAGCCUGACUUGAAAUUGGGCCUAUAACUUUAAUCGUUUCAUUAUAUGGAGGCCUUAGAAUAGGGACGACAAAUAGAAAUUUUGCAGCGUGGAAGUGGGGCGAGUAAGUAGUGAAAAGAACGCCUACCGUUUGAAAAGCAACGCGCAAAUUAGGUGCGCACAAUUUCUUUUCUAUAUUGCAUUCCAUAAAAGCGUUCAUUAAAUAACUAACAAUGUUCUGUAACCAUUCUUCUUUUGGAAUAGAAUCAAAAAGCCCAAACUGUCGCGAUCUCGUAUCAGAACAAUGAAUACAAUACACCAAAAA